UAUUUUUAGGGCAGCAUGACAGUGCGCUUUAACUGCGCUCGGCAGACAGGAGCCAUCAGGUGCGCGCACAUGAUCAGAACAUCCUCAUCCUCAGCAUCAGCAUCCAGCUUCACACAAAGCCAACACAUGUCAGAGCACACGCGGAUAUAAAUGGCCCAGGUCUCUGGAUCUCCAGCUGCGCUUCACGACGGUAGCCUACUGAGAGAACUUCUGAAGUUUGGGAGGCGCUUAUCCACUCUUUGAUUUCCCGACAGCUUUUUGGAGUCAGCAUUGUGAAUGAGGGCUGCACGGUUAAGAAGUGAAUGAACGAACACCAGUUUUUUAUUUUAUGUGUCAGAUUUAUGAAUGGGCGUCUUGACAAGCACCGCGCGCUCCAUGUUCUUCUUCAAGUUCUCACGAUCUAAAGAGACGCUGGAUUACAAAUGUCUCUCCGCUUGUCCUGCAGGAUUUUAUGUCUAGAAACGAGUUUGAAUCGCAGCUAUUUUAUUUGAAACGACGCCAGAUUUCAUCAAGUGACGAUUUAAUAACUGCUUUGCCUGUUAUCAUAUCGACAUGCCUCUAUGGCAGCUGUAAGAGCGCACGGCUGAAGCGGCGGUGUCUGGAUGCGCCGCUGUCCUGUGAUGAUGAAUUGAGGAUGGUGGAGGGAACAGACGCCCCUUUGAGGAACAUUUCGACAGGAAAUCGGGGCAGCAAGCACCUCUCUUUCCCCUGGGUGGUGACUUUACUCUCCAGUGUUCUCAUCACUACGAUUAUAGUAGAUGUUCUGGGCAACCUGUUGGUCAUUGUAUCGGUCUUCAGAAACAGAAAGCUCAGGAAGGCGGGUAAUGCUUUUGUGGUGAGUUUGGCGGUAGCAGAUCUGGUCGUGGCCAUCUACCCCUACCCGCUCGUCCUGACCGCCAUCUUUCAUGACCGCUGGAUCGCUGGUGAUAUUCACUGUCAAAUCAGCGGCUUCCUCAUGGGGCUCAGUGUGAUCGGCUCUAUUUUCAACAUCACAGGGAUCGCCAUCAACCGCUACUGUUACAUCUGCCACAGCCUUAAGUAUGACAAGCUCUUCUCCAACAAGAACACAGUUUGCUACGUGGUCCUGGUCUGGGUGCUGACUAUCCUGGCGAUCGUUCCAAACUGGUUUGUGGAGUCUCUGCAGUACGACCCGCGUGUCUACUCAUGCACCUUCGCCCAAUCGGUGAGCUCUCUCUACACCAUCACGGUGGUGGUGGUGCACUUCAUUCUGCCCAUCGGCAUCGUCACAUACUGCUACCUGCGCAUCUGGAUCCUCGUCAUACAGGUGCGCAAACGGGUCAAGCCCGACAGUCGGCCCAAGAUCAAACCUCAUGACUUACGGAACUUUCUCACCAUGUUUGUGGUGUUUGUGUUGUUCGCCGUCUGCUGGGCUCCGCUGAACUUCAUAGGCCUGGCGGUGGCGAUCCAGCCCAGACUGGGUCAAGCCAUACCCGAGUGGCUCUUCACUGCCAGCUACUUUAUGGCGUACUUCAACAGCUGCCUCAAUGGCGUUAUAUAUGGAGUGCUAAACCACAACUUUCGAAAAGAGUAUAAAAGGAUUAUACUUGCUAUUUUCAAGUUUAAUUGUUGAGUUUUCAUAAUGAGACGAGCACUGUGUUUUUCUUAAAAUUCGUAAUUUAUUCAAAGCGAUUGACUUAUGAGUGCACCGUAAUGAUGCAUCUUUUGUGAUUAGAAUGAUUUUAUUGUUUGCAUUUUGUGAUUGCAAAUAUGGACAUAUUUUGAGUCCCUGUAUUUACAUCCUAAAAUUGGCACAAAAUGACAUAUGUUUGAACUUGAGUUCCUUGUUUACGUUAUCAUCCACACAAUAUGUUCUUAUUUAGAAAUGUAAUAGGCAUCUAAAUGUGGAAGAUCCCAACACUAAUCAAAACCCUUGAUAAUGUAUAUUUGAAAUAAUUUUUUAUUUAAUUAAAAUGACUGUACUUGAUUUUGUUGAAUAUUCAAAUGUCUAAAAAUGUAAUGUUUGAAUAUUAAAAAUGUAAAACAAAAUAUAUUUUCUGA